UAUCAUCACUCCUUGCUUUGUUGACCUUUGACCACAAAUCUCUCCGCCGAGCGUUGAGACUACUACACCAAAACUUCUUUGUUGCUGCCAGCGAGUACCGGCACAGACACAUAUACACACUCGUCAACAUACCUCGACCACCCAACUACCACCACCCUACAUUACAUCAACUUUUCCCUACAUCUUCAAAAUGCUCGCCAACAUCGCUGCCAUCUUCGCCGCCUCUGCCGCCGUCGUCUCGGCCGCCGCCGUCCCCCACCUGAACGCCCGCGGCCAAUCGGGCUCGGUCAGCGUGACCCCCCACGUCCAGUACUCCUCCUCCAUCGGCGUCCUGGGCUGCAAGAUCAACACCGACCGGGUGGCCUACUGGCCCGGGUCGGUGCACUGCGACGACAUCUGCGUGAAAGUCUCGCACGGCGGGCGCAGCCUGCACCUGCUCCGCAUCGACUCGUCCGGGGGCGCCUACGACGUCUCGUACGACGCGUGGAACUACCUCGCCCACGGCGCCUCGGCGCGCGACGACCCCCACAUGGGCGGCGGCGUCGACAUGCACUUCGAGUACGUCGACCCCUCCGAGUGCGCCGACCUGCUGGACCACGGCAAGCUGCCCCUCUCGGCCGCCAACAGCAUGAACUACGUCGCCUCGUGCCUCGGCAACGGCUCCUGGGCCGGCCGAAACCACGUCCUCUACAACAUCGCCAACCCGACCUGCACCAUCGGCCGGGACGAGCGGUGCUCCCUCGACUUGGCUACCAGCAACCAGCCCAACUGCCCGAGCGGGCUCGGCACCGGGGGUAUCCUGAAGGGCCACGAGGUUGAGAACAUUGAAUACGGGACUGGAAAGGUUACCAUCGCUCUGUGAGCCGGUUUCCUUUGCUUUACUUCUCUUCUUUACGCUCUUUCGACACGAUUUAUCAUGGAAUUUGGGGCAGGCAAAUUAUAGAUACCAUGGGACAAUUUGAAACGGAAACCUUUUGGACGAUAUAUAUUUGGGAGACUGGGCUAAGACACGGCGCCAGAUCUUCUCCCCCCUACCCCUGAGUGGAGGGCGAAUUAUCAACAAACCCUUUUAACACUCACAAUAUGAUGCCACUAUCUUCAAAGUGAUCUAUGUUUCCUGAUCCUCCAAGUGACUACAUGUACAUGUAAUAAUAGAUGCCCCCGACUUGGUGAACCAUCGUCACACUUUGGCCAACUGCCUGCAAUCACCC